GUUCGGCACAAACUCACUUUUUUCGCCGCGAUGUACAACCCGCACCUCGCGCGUUUCGUCAAUGGCGAGCGCCCCCAACUGCACCAUCUCUCGGUCACGAGCGUGCCUAUAGAGCUCGGCCAGGACGACGUAAAGGAGUUCCUGGCUUCCUUCGAGGUCGACCCCUCAGACGACAUCAAGUGCGCCGCAGUCGGCCGUCUCUGGGAGGCCCUCCUCGAGAAGUACCCCGGCGUGCCCUUUCUCAUGCUUCGCGUCGCGGACAUGCGCUGGAAGCUCAACAGCCGCGUCACCGCCUAUGCAAUGUACCUCGAUCUUCAGCGCGUCUUGAAGGACUCCGCCUUCUCAAUUUGGCUCCAGAAGGCCCGCGUCAAGGUCCUCACCGAAGCGGUCAACACCCUGCGCACCUACAAGGACAACACGAGCAUCUAUACCCCGUCCCAGCGCUGGAGACCGAACGUCGCGCAGGACCGCAUCCCCGCCAGCUCCUGCAAGCUUCAGCACGCCGAGUACGUCACCUUCCAGGAGUCGUGGGAGAAGAUGAACGCGGCGGGCGUGAACCUGGAUCAGUACCUCAACUACCACUGUCUCGAGACGAACGCGAUCGAGGGCGUGCUCCAGUUCGAUCCGCCGGCUACCGUCAUGCUCUCCAGGGAGGGCGUCUACAGUGAGGUGUCCGACCGACAUCUCACUGCCGGGGGUGUUGUCCGCGACCACGCGCAAGCGCUCUCGAUACUCCAAGAUACCCGGAAGGCUAUGGACGAGAUAUACAAGCUCGUUGAGGACCCGAAAUUCGAGCUGACGAUGGAGAUGGUCUGCAGCCUGCACAAGAUGUUGAUGCGCACGAACCACAUCCUCGCCAUCCGGCAGCACGGCAGCUCGCAUAUCGCGCACACGCACGUCGGGAUAACCCGGCAGCAUUGCGCCAUCAACGUCAGCGUCGCGGGGAAGGAAGUGAAGGUCAUGUUCUGUCCGUUUGACUCCGUCGACGCGGAGCUAACCGCGUUCUGCACGCGGUUCAAUGAUCUUAUGAGGCAACACGACGUCGACCCGUUCGCUGCGGCGGCGUGGGUCAGCCAUGUCUUCGUGACGAUCCAUCCAUUUGAGGACGGAAAUGGUCGACUUUCAAGACUGCUUGCGUCGAUACCUUUGUUGCGCCAGCGUCUGCCGCCGCUGACGGUAGCGGUGCCCUGGCAAAACAAGUACUACCAUGCGCUCAACUGGACGCGCGCGAACGGUGACGGAGACUACGGCGUGUUGAUGAAGCUACUGUUUCAAGCGACAGAAGCAGCAGUGGACGAGUUACGGGAGCUGCAGACGUCUGUGCGGCUACCUGAUCACUGGCAGGUGACGGAGGAGGACACGGAGAUGAGUGCGUAGCGCGGAUUUGAACCUGUAUCAGUAUUCUGUGUCGCUGCUUGUAGCUAUGACCGCCCGUUUGUGAGACUGCCACAUGUACCUGUAUCUAUUCGUGCAUAUUCCAUGUCAUUUUAAC